CUCUCCUUCGCGUGUUCUGUUUUCGAUGACUGUCACUGCCGCCGUCCCGGGGGCUCCGGCAUGUACAGUGGCGGGGGCUGCGCCUGCUCCCACGUCGGCGUCGCCUGCUGCACGGUCCCUCUUCAGGCACGUGCAUUUCGAGAACUUGGUGGCCGGGCUGAGCGGAGGCGUAAUCUCCACGCUGGUGCUGCAUCCGCUGGAUCUGGUGAAGAUCCGCUUCGCAGUGAGUGAUGGCUUAGAACUCAGGCCAAAAUACAAUGGAAUCCUUCACUGCUUGUCAACCGUCUGGAAACAUGAAGGAUUGCGUGGUCUGUACCAAGGGGUAACACCAAACAUGUGGGGAGCAGGUGCCUCUUGGGGCCUGUACUUUUUCUUCUAUAAUGCCAUUAAAGCUUACAAGACAGAAGAUAGGCAAGAAAGCCUUGGAGCAAGUGAACACCUAGUAUCAGCUGCUGAGGCUGGAGCCAUUACCCUGUGUAUUACAAAUCCAAUUUGGGUGACAAAAACUCGGCUUGUGCUACAAUAUGACGCUGGCAUUGAUCCUUCAAAGAGGCAGUAUAAGGGAAUGGUAGAUGCCCUUAUAAAAAUAUACAAGUGUGAAGGUAUACGUGGCUUAUACAAGGGAUUUGUCCCUGGUCUGUUUGGAACAAGUCAUGGAGCACUGCAGUUCAUGGCAUAUGAAGAAUUUAAGUCAAAAUAUAAUAAGCAUUGGGACAGACCAUCAGAUUCAAAACUGAGCACUUUAGAGUAUAUCGCUAUGGCAGCACUGUCAAAAAUGUUUGCUGUUUCAGCAACAUAUCCGUAUCAGGUUGUGAGGGCGCGUCUCCAGGAUCAGCACAACAGAUACUUGGGAGUAGUGGAUGUAAUGCAUAGAACAUGGAGGAAAGAAGGAGUUCACGGAUUUUACAAAGGAAUUGUACCUAAUGUGCUCAGAGUAACACCUGCAUGCUGUAUUACCUUUGUUGUGUAUGAAAAAGUAUCCCAGUUAUUGCUUGGCUUUAAAAAUAGCAGCUGAAUCCUGGAGAUUGCGUCAAGAAGGGCAUCAUCAUCAAAUACCCGUCUGUUUUAAGACUUAAUUUUUCUGGCAUUCACAGAAGAACAGGGGAAUAGAACACAUUUUGACAGAAGCAACUGAAUCUGAAAGUCUCUGCCUGGAAUUUUCCAUGCUAACCUUGUCUCUGAGCGACUAGAUGCAGCUCAGCAACAACACUGCAUAUUUUGUUUUGUUCUUUAGCUAAUUGUUCUCCCUAACUCUGUUCUGAGAAAAGCAAUGAACUCUGGACUGGGAAAUGGCAGAAAGGUCAUGAUGUCAAAAUACUGGAAGGCACAAUAUUUGGUAUGCUAUUUAUAUCACCAAUAAAUUGUGUAUAUGAUGUCUA